AUGGUGCAGCUCAGGCCGCGCGCGUCCCGCGCCCCGGCGUCCGCCUCGGCAAUGGUGGACGAGGGCCAACCCGCCUCGGAGGAGGAGGCGGGGCACGGGCUGCUGCUCGGGCAGCCCAGCAGCGGCGCGGCCGCCGAGCCGCUGGAGGAAGAAGAGGAGGGGGACGACGAGCUUGACGACGAGGCCCCGGAGGAGCUGACUUUCGCCAGCGCCCAGGCCGAAGCGAAGGAGGAGGAGCGGCGAGUUCGGGAGACGGUGCGCAGGGACAGAGCGCUUCUGAAGGAGAAGAGGAAGCGGCGCGAGGAGCUGUUCAUCGAACAGAAGAAAAGAAAACUCCUUCCAGAUACUAUUCUAGAGAAGUUAACUACAGCUUCACAAACUAGUGUGAAGAAAUCACCGGGAAAGUUGAAAGAAGUUAAUUUGCAAAAGAAAAAUGAAGAACGAGAGAAAGGAAGUGACUCUUCUAAGAAAGCUAAAGAAAAAGUGCAGAAAGUACAGACUGUUGGCCAGAAUAAAAGCUACAUGGCUGUAAGGCUAAAAGAUCAAGAUUUGAGGGAUUCAAGGCAAGAAGCAGCCAAAGCCUUCAUACAGAAUUGUUUAUAUGGCCCUGGAACCAACAGGACUACUGUAAACAAGUUCCUGUCUCUUGAAAACAAGAGGUUACCGAUGAAAAAGGCUGCAGCCCAGUUUUUGAACAAUACUUGGGGAUCUCAGAGAAAACAAAAUGCCAAGAGAUUUACAAAACGCUGGAUGGUCAGAAAGAUGAAAACUCCCAAGAAGUAA